CCGCGCGUGACCAAUCGAUCCUCUCUUUAAUCUCAUUCCUUUUCAUUUCCUCUCCAUUCGCAUUUCCUUUCGCAUUCUAGCCUCUCCCCUUCCUUUCUUUAUCUUUUGCAUGUUCUCGGAGCUCCGGCUCCAUUAACGGAGCCCCGGCUCAACAACAACAUUUUUCAAACACAAGAAAAACCGAUCUCUAAUCUUUUCAAUUUUUUUGAGAUCUCGAAAAUGUCGAAACCCUGGGGCAAUAUCGGAGCUUGGGCGGCCGAUUCGGAGGCAGCCGAAGCCGAGGAACGCGAAGCGGCAGCUAAGUCAGCGGCCGCUCCGUCAGACAACUUCCCUAGUCUCAAGGAAGCCGUGACUACCAAACCGAAGAAGAAUAAGAAGAUGUCGCUUUCUGAAUUCACACGUGGAGGUUACUCCUCCGGUGGUGGCGCCGCUGAUAUCCCUCGUUUGACACCGGAGGAGAUGCUUCGUCUUCCUACCGGUCCUAAGGAACGUUCUGCUGAGGAAAUGCAGUUUAACCGUCUUGGCGGCGGUUUCUCUUCCUAUGGCGGUGGUCGUGGUAGGGAUCGCGAGGGAGCCUCUGGUGAUGGCUCUUGGGGCGCUGGAAGAAGAUCUUAUGGUGGAUUUGAUGAUGAACGUAGAGCGCCGAGUUCUAGGGUUUCGGAAUUUGAACCGUCGAGGGCUGAUGAGGUGGAUAAUUGGGCGUCGGUGAAGAAGUCGCUUCCGUCGUUUGAUUCCGGUCGUCAGAAUCAGAAUCAGAAUCGAUAUGGUGGCAGUGGUGGUGGUGGUGGUGGUUUUGGUGGUGGUGAAUCUAAGGCGGAUGGAGUGGAUAAUUGGGCGGUUGGUAAGAAACCUCUUCCUGUUAGAUCUUAUGGCGGUUCUCGUGAUUCUGGAAUGGAACCAGAUCGCUGGUCUAGAGGUUCUGCUGUGGAACCAGAUCGUUGGGCUAGAGGAGCGCCGCGGCGUGAUUCGGAGCAACAGCAGCGUCCGAGGUUGGUUUUGGAUCCAAGGAAAGGUGAUAGUUCUGUCAAUGAAUCUCCGGUGGUGAAGACGAAUAAGCCUAAUCCAUUUGGUGCGGCGAGGCCUAGGGAGGAAGUGUUGGCGGAGAAAGGAUAUGAUUGGAAGAAGCUGGAUUCUGAGAUUGAGGCGAAAAAGACGAGUAGGCCUACAAGUUCACAUUCCAGCAGGCCUUCAAGUGCUCAAUCCAAUCGCUCCGAGGGUCAAGAUGGUGCGCUGAAACCGAGGCCAAAGGUGAAUCCUUUUGGAGAUGCCAAACCUAGGGAGGUUUUGCUCAGCGAGCGUGGUAAGGAUUGGCGGAAGAUGGAUCUUGAAUUGGAGCAUCGCGCCGUUGAUAGGCCCGAGACCAUAGAGGAAAAAUUAUUAAAAGAAGAAAUUGAUAAUUUGAAGAAGCAACUUGAGAAUGAGUCUACAGUUAAUUCAAAUGAGGAAUCUGCAGAUGGUUCUGGUGGAGACCAAACUGGUACACAUGCAAUGCUACUAGAGAAAGAAAGGGAGCUGGAACUACUUAUCCGUGAUUUAGAUGAUAAAGUUCGUUUUGGGCAGAAAGCUGUUGAAAGGCCUGGUUCGUCAGCAGGGAAGACUGCUGGUUUUUCUGAUAGGCCACCAUCUCGGUCUGGCUCAUUUGAGGAUUCAAGAAGUGUGGAUUUUACGGACCGACCUCGAUCCCGUGGCACAGGUGAUACGUCGAUGCGCCCUACUGAUGACAGAAGACAAUUUCAAGGUAGCAAGGAUAGGGGGUGGUUUUCGGACAGCAGAGACUUGAAUAGGUCAAAUUCCAAAAAUAGAUGGUGAACACCAGUUUUUUGUGGAUUAAGAGUUAUCUUCAACUUUUGAUGACCAGAGCCUAAUACUAUUUAUUACUCGUAUUUUCUAAUCGUUUUGUUCAAUUUACUCCAGGAAUUGGAGCAACAAUCAUUGAGUACUGGCACUAAAACUUUUGCCUAAUCUGUUAUUGCGUCUCAAAACGUUGUAAAUUUGAUUUUUCCCCUUCUGGUAAUUCUUUGGGUGUCUGGAUGAAGGCAGAAAGCCUGUAAUUUUAUUAGGACAAAACUUAAUUGAAGAUUAUGGAACUUGGUAGUUAAUGUUAUAUUGUUUUGAUAUUAUAAAUAUUA